CCAGCCCUAAGCCAAUCUUUCUCCACCAGUGUCAUCCAUGAAUAUCUCAGUGAACGCAGUGCAGACUGUGGUCCGCCAGGGUGAGAACAUCACCAUCAUGUGCAUUGUGAUCGGGAAUGAGGUGGUCAAGUUUGAAUGGACGUACCCCCGCAUGGAGAGUGGGCGGCUGGUGCAGCCAGUGACUGACUUCCCCUUGGACGUUCCCUACCACAUUCGCUCCAGCCUGCACAUCCCCAAUGCUGAGCUGGGCGACUCAGGGACCUACAUCUGCAAUGUGUCAGAGAGUGUGUACGACCGUCAAGAUGAAAAGGCCAUCAAUGUCACUGUGGUCGGUGCGUGUCUUGGGCUCAACCUCAACCCCCAAUCUGAGCUGGACCCAGACUCUGUCACAGCCAUGGGGUACAGCCAGCUACACUCCAGUCUACUCCUAGCCUCUGUGCCAACCAAAGCCUCAUUCCGGGAUAAACCCAAACCAAAGUGCAAU